AUGUCCACCGGCUCGCUCAGCGAUGUGGAGGAUCUUCAGGAAGUGGAGAUGCUGGACUGUGACGGGCUGAAAAUGGACUCGAGCAAAGAGUUUGUGACUUCCAACGAGAGCACCGAGGAGAGCUCCAACUGCGAGGCGGGGUCUCCCCAGAAGGGCCGCGGAGGCCUGGGCAAGAGGAGGAAGGCGCCCACCAAGAAGAGCCCCUUGAGCGGCGUCAGCCAGGAGGGGAAGCAGGUCCAGCGCAACGCGGCCAACGCGCGCGAGCGGGCCCGGAUGCGGGUGCUGAGCAAGGCCUUCUCCAGGCUCAAGACCACCCUGCCCUGGGUGCCCCCGGACACCAAGCUCUCCAAGCUGGACACGCUCAGGCUGGCGUCCAGCUACAUCGCGCACUUGAGGCAGAUCCUGGCUAACGACAAGUACGAGAACGGUUACAUUCACCCGGUCAACCUGACGUGGCCCUUUAUGGUGGCGGGGAAACCCGAGAGUGACCUGAAAGAAGUGGUGACCGCGAGCCGCUUAUGUGGAACCACAGCGUCCUGACCUUGGAGGUGCGAGUCUGGGAAAGGCGCGCUCCCGGGGGGAGCGGGCCCCGGGAAGGCGACCCCUGCCCUCCCUGCUCUCUGUCUCUGCUUCCCUCUCGCAACGCUCCUCUCCCUGUCCCCCCGCCCCCCCGCGAGAACACUUUACAGCGACGAGGAGAUUCGUUUCCAAACCCGAGGAGAUCAAUUGUACUUACAAAGAUUCCCAUCUAUUUAACUUUAUUAACUUCUACCGUGAAUGCCUCUUCGAGCCUUGCUGGUCCAAGUGCAAUAUGUAAUUAUAAAUAUAUAAAUAGAUAAUAAGAGCCUAUCAGUGUGUAUCUUUUGUACAAUAUGUUGUAAAAUGUAGAUCAUAGAAUAGCUGACUUUGACAGUCACAUUUAUAAAAUAAUUCACUUAAAGAUAUAUAUUUUUUUCAAACAAGUUUUGCUACUUUCGAAAAUAAAUCUUUCUUUAUAUU